CUCUUCUAUCAUGGGAUGGGAGACCGAGUACCAAGAGAACCUGGCAUUCAAAUCCCAGGCGGGCGAGGCUCUAGAGAUGGAGCUCCAAUCCCCGGGAUCGCUGGUCGUCUCCAAAUUGCCGUCAUGGAGCAGCAGCAGCGGCCACCUCCACGAUCACAAAUCAUCCGACGAUCAGAGCUGGGAUCCCGUCAUGACCUCUCUCUUGAAAGCCGGCAGCAACGUCGCCUCGCAAUCGCCCACCUUCGAUCACGCCUCGAGCAGCUUCCUCCACACGAGCGCUACUACUGGAGCUUUCGCCCCCGGCUUUCCCAAAUCAUCCAGUGACGAGACAGCGGCGGAGCAUCGCUCGGGCACUGGAAUUCUAGUCGCUGGCUCUUCGGUUCUAAACGCUCCCUCCUCGGCCGGCGCGACGUCCACCAAAGUGAGCAAGAAGCGAUCCAGAGCGUCCCGGCGUCCCCCGACCACGGUGCUCGAGGCGGACAGCGCCAACUUUCGAUCCAUGGUCCAGCACCUGACCGGCAUUCCAGCGCCGCCACCCAUGCUCGCCUCGUCCUUCCGCCCAGCCCGGUUCGAUUACUUCGGGGCAUCGCCGGGGCUCGUCCGGCCACAGCCCACGCGAUCAGCUCUCUCGUUCGGCCACCACGGCGGCGCUCCGGGGGGCUUCUCGAUCGAUGGUGGCAGCGCCAGUGGGGGAUUCCUCCAGACGUACCAGCCGCCAUACAGCUUGAGAAGGCUGGAAGAGUUCCGCGGCUUCUCUUACGUCUCGGGGAGAGGAGGAUCGUCGGUGCCGUCGUCUCACGGAAGUUUCAUGGAUCCGGCAUCGCCGGGGGGGAUUUACAGCUCCAUGCAAGCGACGCCAGGCGUCAUCAACGCCAGGCCAUCACACGGCACGACGCAAGAGGGCGUUUAUGUCCCGCACAGCGCCACAAACCCGACCACCACUUCCUCCUCCUCCUCCGCCCUGGCAAUGCCGUCGCUGUGGGAGUGCGAGGCCAGAGAGGGGGAUCAGAGCGUAAAUGCGAGAAUAAAGCGAGAGGCCGGGGGCCGGGCGGAGGAGGCAACGACGAGGAGUAGUAGUGGCAGACCAAUCGCAUCGUGGUCAACCGGCAGCAUUUAAGCUCGGGUGAGCAAGGAUCAUUAAAGGGAGGAAAGAGAGAUCGCUUCGAUCGGUGUGUACAUAACAAAGACAAAGCAAAUCAAUCAAUCAAUCCGAGCGAGGUCGGUUUCCAAACAGCCUGUGAUGAUUCCUUUGAUCUUCGUCCCACUAGGACACUACACAGGUGUGCAAGAAUUUUGAGGCGCUGUGUCUCCUGCUGUCGUGACCGCUGCUGUGCCUGCCUGGUGGUGGUCACCCAGGAAUUUUUGUGAAGCUGCAAAGCUCUCCCUCGAUUCAUCGAUCCAUCCGAAUUCAUUCAUUCGCGUUGUCUUGUUCCCUGGCAACGCGCUGUACGUAUGCCUGGUGUUCUUCAAUGCUUGCUCGCGCUUCUUUGUUUUCGCGCUUGGAAUCAUUGCCCGCGAGCUGUUCUUCCGAGGCAUUUGUUUUUCAAAACAAAGAAAACUCAGUGCCAGAGUUUUGAGAAAGAACACACAGGUAGCCAAAGGUUUUUGAGAAAAGAACAGCCAAAGUCAAGAUGUUCUCAGCUUCUUCGAUCGAAAAGAUAGUAACUCGUGUUUGAUUCAAAGAAA